AGCUGGAAAUAUUGAUCAAACUUUGUCAUCAAAAGCCCGACUAGAUUUUCAAGCCCACGUUUGGUCUCCAGCUUUAUUUAGGGCUUCUUCUUCUUGUUCAACCGCAAUAGAUCAGAGGAAACGAAAACAAGGGUUUUCGAUUGCAGAUUGAAACAGUUAAACUCCAAACGUCAGAGCUUUAGGAAGAUGGACAUUGGUAAAGCCUUACCUGCAUCAAAGGAAGGUGAGUCUCAGAUGAUCGUGAUGAUGGGUAACAAUCUUUAUUUAACGAGCAUUACUCUCAAUGGAGAACCAUCUAUUGAGCAAAUAGACAAACUUACUUGCCUUGACGAACAAGCCAAGAUAUCACAGGUCUUUGACUGCGAGGGCUUAUUGCUAUGCAUAUUGAAAGAAGAUUCUAGGUUUGUGGUUCUGAAUCCGUAUUUGGGGCAAACAAGGUGGAUCGAACCAAGAUAUUCCCAUCGUCCAUACGGAUGUGACAGGUUUAGUUAUGCUCUCGGAUACGUGAAUAAGGAAUCUUGUCGUAGCUACAAGUUAUUGAGGUUUAUAGAUUAUUUCUACAAUGUACCCGAAAAGCAGUUCUUUUGGUAUGAAAUCUAUGAUUUUGACUCUGAUUUAUGGACGACUCUUGAUAUAUCUCCACAUUGGCGUAUAGCAUUUUGUAACCCUGGCGUUUCUCUUAAGGGAAACACUUACUUUUGUGCUGCUGAAAGGAACGUAGAUGUAAAAGAAGUCUUGGCCAAUAGCUUAAUCUGUUUCGAUUUUACAAGUGAGAGAUUUGGUCCGCUUCUGCCUCUGCCGUUUAGUGGUGGGUAUCAUGACUAUACGACAUUGUCUUGUGUUAGAGAAGAGAAGCUUGCGCUUUUACUUCAGCACGAUGAAUCAAAUCCAUAUGAGCUUGACUUAUGGAUUACGACUAAGAUUGAGACUGAAGAGGUGUUGUGGAGCAAGUUCGUGAGAGUGGCAACAGCUGGAUUUGAUAGUUAUGUUCCAUUUAUAGGUGGAAGUUUCUUCAUUGACGAGGAGAAGAAAGUCGCCAUUGGUUUUGAUGAUGGGGAUAAUCGCCACAAAAUUAACAUCAUUGGAGAGGCUGGAUACUUCAGGGCAUUGGAUCUCGUUGGAGAUUUUGGAGACCAAGAAUGUAAGACAGAUCUGUGCUCUUAUGUUCCAAGUUUAGUGGAAAUCAAGCAACCUGAAGGAGGAGAAAGGGAACAAGAAAGCGAAUUGGAGAAGCUUCGAUAUGAUGAAAACAUGUCGAGACUUGUCUUACUUGAAGGGAAUCAAUGAGCAAUAUGCUGGAGGAGGCAAAAGGAGAUAAUGAGAUGAUGAAGACUCAAUUCACAAUGCCUUAUGUAUGUCUUUCAUUUACAUAUUCUUCUCUUUGAACAAGAUUACUCUAUUAUCAUAAA